AUGGAGGUCGAAAGUAUAGAAACAGGUUUUCCCGAUAGUACUGGCAACCUAUGUCGCAUUUGUCUUGCACGAAAACACAAUAACCAAUAUAUUGUUGGUGCUCCUCGACAUGAUUUGGAUAGUACGGAUACUGAUACUGUCUUAUUUGAUAAAUUUCGUCUGUGCAGCGGUGUGAAGAUAAUGGAGAACGAUGGGUUGCCCACUACUAUCUGUAUGGAAUGUGUAAUUAAAGUCAAUGAAGCUUAUGAAUUAAGAAAGCAAUGUCAGCAAUCAGAUAUGAGAUUGAGGGAACUUUAUGGGAAACUGAAAACAAUGUGCAAUAUCAAACAUUCUAUGAUGACCAAAGAUCAAUGUUGCCAGACAGAUUAUACUUUUAAUUCUGGUUUCAUAAAAAUGGAGACAAAUGUACCUUUUACACUAGAUCAUAAUUCAUCUACAAUUGUGAAUUGUGUCAAAGAACCUAAGACAAUUAGCGACUCUAAUUGUAUUGAAUCCAAUGAAUUCAAUAAUUAUCUAAGUAAUAAUUGUAUCAAACGACUACCAGCAGGAUGUGAGAAGAGUACAGCAGGAAGAGAAGCUUAUCGAACAAGAAGAACAACUAUGUUCAAAAGAGUGACCUCUAUGGAGAACUUAAGAAAUCAUAAGGAGAGACAAAGACAAUACAUAAAAAAAAAUACAAAUGUUAAGCGUGAUAUUAUGGAAAAUGAGCAUACAGAAAAUGUUAGGGAUACAGUUUCUCAAAAUUCUUAUACCUGCCCUAAAUGUUGCAGGUGUUACUCCAGUAAAAAAUCUUUGGAUAGACAUAUAGUGACACAUGAUGAAAGGAAAUUCACAUGUGACAAUUGUAAUAAACAAUUUUCGCAACUUAAUGAUUUGAUAAAACAUAACAAAUUGCACAAAGUGGAAGAAAGAGUUAAACCAGUAUUAUGUAGGAUAUGUAAUAAGAGUUUCAAGAAAACUGAUACUAUGGUAAGACAUUUAAAUGUUCAUAAAAGAGCCAAUCCAAAAGAGGUCCUUUCCAUUUUGAAAGAAAUUAGGGAUAAAAGGAAAUUAGAAAAUAUUGGUGAAGAAAAUAUCACUGAAAUAAAUGAUAAUAACACAGAAAUAAGAGAUGGGUGUGUAAAUAAUGAAAAUAGGACAUCAGACAACGUUAGAAGAUACAUAUUAGACUCGGAAUACAGAGAUUCUUGUCUAUUAAAUUUAGAUUCCACUUUCGAAGAAACAAUUGACCCUCACGAUGAUACGGCGCUUCAUCGUUGUAAAUAUUGCAAUAAAUCUUAUUCUAAUGAUAAAUUACUUCAAGACCAUCUACUGAUUCACACCGAAAAAAAAUUCCUUUGUAACGUCUGUAAUAUGAAAUUUUUCCGUCAAGACAGAUUAGAGAGCCAUAAAAAACGGUACGGUCAUAAUAAGGACAAAAUAUCUAUGGAAAUUCAAAAACCGUCCGAUGAUAAGUCGGCUAUUAAAUUAAUAAACAGUUGGAUACGGGAAGAACUUGAUUCAGAUAACGAAGAAAAGGGCUUCCCUUGUAAAAUAUGUGGAAAGUCAUAUGAUACCAAAAGAUCCUUGUUGAAGCAUCAGCUGAAUGCGCACAAUUCAAAGGACGCGGGAUGCAUAAACUGCGGUGAGGACUGUACCUGCGAGGAGAAGGAUAAAGAUCAGCAGAAAACGAGUGAAAUAUCGAAGCCAUAUCGAUGUGAAGAAUGUAACAAAUCCUUCGAAAAAGAAGUGAAACUACAGAGGCACGUGAGAAUUCACGAACGCUCGAAAGAGCAGGAGGAUGCAAAUUUCAAACGGUAUUUGUGUCAUAUCUGCAGCAAAACGUUUAGACAGAAUACAGGUCUCAUGUUCCAUAUGAGAACACACACCGGCUACAAACCUCACGUUUGCAAGUACUGCGGACGAGGAUUCACAUCAAAUUCAAAUUGUAUUAAUCACGAAAGGACCCAUACCGGUGACAGACCAUUUGUAUGUCACUUUUGUAGUGCCGCUUUCGCUAAAUCGUGUACCCUUAAAGCGCACAUUACAACACAUACAGGGGAAGCCAAUUAUCAUUGUAAAACGUGCGGAAAAUCAUUUCGAAGGCUAAAGUACUUAAAGGAGCACAGAUUCACACAUACCGGUGAAAAACCGUAUGCUUGCAAGAUUUGUGGUACGGCAUAUAGCCAUAAUGGCAGUCUGUUCGUUCACGAAAAGAAGUGCAGAGCUCAGUAUCAAAAUGCGCAAAAUUACUGCCAAACAGAGACGACAUCGCCGAGUGUGACUCCGAUUAUCACAAUUUUACCCCAAGCUCAUUUGAAUGAAAUCAUCGUCCCGCUGAACAUGCAAGACAACAAAACGUACGUCAAUGAUAUGCAAAGAAUGAGCUCUCCGAGUAUAGAUAGCGUAAGUCCUGUUACUACUCCGGACUUACAUGUUCAUCCAAAUUCUGAUAAUUCCGAUGUCUCCUUAUCUGUAAAAAACUUAGCUCUUAUCGGACACAUGUUUCAAUCUUAGGAGCACUUUAAAUUAAUAGUGGAUCAAAUGUUUCUGUGAUAAUGUGUGCGAGUGUGUUUCAU